CGGCGACGGCUCAAAACAUGGCUUCGUAUCGGGCCGUCUCCUUCUCGGUAGCGCAGUCCAACAGCACGGUCGAUGGGGUGGCAGAGACGGAGAAUCUGGGGGAGUCUGAGAACACCUACAUUCUGAGGCCCAUUUUCCAGCAAAGGUUCAGGCCCUAUGUGGUUAAAGACUGCAUCCAUGCUGUGAUCAAGGAGGAAUUGGCAAAUGUUGAAUAUUCUCCAGAAGAAAUGCCUCAGCUCAGAAAACAUUUAUCAGAAAGCAUUAAAGAUAAGUUAAAAGAAAUGGGAUUUGAUCGAUAUAAAAUGGUGGUACAAGUAGUGAUUGGAGAACAAAGAGGUGAAGGAGUAUUCAUGUCUGCCCGCUGUUUCUGGGAUGCUGACACGGACAACUACAUGCAUGAUGUCUUCAUGAAUGACAGUUUAUUCUGUGUUGCAGCAGCAUUCGGAUGUUUCUACUAUUGA